GUACUCCGUGACAGGAGAUGGCAGCAGCAGGAACAGUAAAUGCAACAAAAUUCCCUCUGUUAGAUAAGCAACUGUUAUUCAACAUUAGUAAGAAAUGACUUGCAUGAAGAGAAUAUUUUCCAAAACCCGUCGCAUUACAGUCGGACGCCUUGUUGGAGUCACGCUCACCUCUGGCAGAUGUUUCCAUGCGGAACUAGUCAGAACCGAAUCCAGCGGACUGCCCAUUGUUCAUCACAGCAAGUAUGUGUGCGACCUUCCAGCAAACCACAGGUUUCCAAUGGCCAAGUUCCCUAGAGUUUUACACUGUUUACUUCAAGACCAAGUCAUCACAGAGAGACAGGUUUGGGUUCCUGAGAUUGCCUCGAAAGACUUGCUUGGCGCUGUGCAUACAGAGGAUUACCUGAACAACUUUAUAAGUGGAAGAAUAAACGAGCAAGAGCAGCGGAGGACGGGUUUUCCUUGGAGCGAGGGCAUCGUACGACGGUGCCGAUAUGAAACGGGUGGGACUGUUCUCACUGCUGAAGUUGCUCUACAGAGGGGUCUGGCCUGCAGCACGGCGGGGGGAACCCAUCAUGCUUUCCCCAGCUACGGCUCGGGGUUCUGUCUCCUCAAUGAUUUAGCAGUUGCAGCCAAAUACCUCAUGAACAGCUCAUCAAGGAAGAGAAAGGUUUUAAUCAUGGAUUUAGAUGUGCAUCAGGGUGACGGCACCGCUUUCAUAUUUAAAGAUGAGCCAUCUGUGUUUACAUUUUCAGUGCAUUGUGGGAAAAAUUUCCCCGUCCGCAAACAACAGAGUGACCUGGAUAUUAGCGUGGAGGAUGGGCUGGAAGACAAGGAGUAUCUCUCCACAGUUGCAGAGCACCUACCCUGGCUGCUGGAGACUUUUCGUCCGGACCUACUUCUGUACGACGCUGGUGUUGACCCACAUUGGGAAGAUGAACUCGGGAGACUCCGUCUGACCGAUCAAGGGCUCUACCAGAGAGAUCUUUAUGUAAUGAAGACCGUGGUGAAGAGAGGUAUUCCUAUUGCUACUGUUAUUGGUGGGGGAUAUUCCAGAGACAUCAACAAAUUGGCCCUCAGACACUCCAUCGUCCACAGAGCAGCUACUCAGGUUUGGAGGGAGUGUGGAAUGUAAAACUAUAGGUGCCAUGACCUUUAAGAACCAAUAAAUAGAAAGCAACAAAAAAAAAAAAGGCUGACAAUUUG